AUGCAUGCGAUUGCGAGCGGGGAGACAAUUCUGCUUGAUAAUAAGUCAUCCAUCCGUUCGCGGCUGGUGGGAGGCAGGCAGGCAGGUUCCCGGGCGACUCCAAGAUGGAAAGUGUGUCAGUGGGCUACGCUGCACAACACACAGGCGGGGGGGCAGGGGGGGACACCUCCACAGCAGUACGCAGACCCGGUGUCAGACCUGCUGGACAAGUGGGGCGCGUUCCGCUGUCGUCUCUUCAGGGAGUCGUGCGUGUUCCACCGAGGGAACUACGUGAAGGACCUGAGCCGCCUGGGACGAGACCUCAACAAGGUCAUCAUCGUGGACAAUUCCCCCGCCUCAUACGUCUUCCAUCCCGACAACGCUGUGCCGGUGGCCUCCUGGUUCGACGACAUGUCCGACACAGAGCUGCUGGACCUCAUCCCGUUCUUUGAGAAGCUCAGCAAAGUGGACAACAUCUACACCGUGCUCAAGCAGCAGUCCACGCCCGCCAGCUAA